CCUUCACCAAACUCGUUUGCAGCUUACACGCAUUUAACCUUUUAUAAACAUCAAAACCAAAACCAUUCAAGAUGCUUAACAACUUUGUUACUCGACUUGCCUUUUCCUCUUUACUUCUGGGAACUUUUGCGCAAGCAGUUCCAUCGAAGCUUUACUGUGUAGGCACGAAACAUAGCAGUUCGAGCUGCCAAGCCGGCAGCUUUUGGGAAACGGCCGCUGAGGCCAGGAAGGAAAUUCGGCAACCUCAUCAUAACAGUAUUUAUACUGUCGAUACACAAGGAAUCGAGGACAUUUUUACUCAAUAUGAGCCCGAUUCGAAGAAGUGGAGCAAUACAAGACUUAUCCCUGCUAAAAACUUGAAAAUAAAAGAAACUCGCUUUCAAGAUGGCAGAGUUAACCAUUAUAAUUAAUGGAUUAAAUUAUAUCUCGGUGUUACGAUCAAGGUAUCGGGUAACCUGUUCUUAGGGUAAAAUACAAUGGGUUGAAGCAACUAAGCGUCUG